AUGUCGGCUCCGUCGGCGGCUACAUCCCCCUUCACGAACGGUCUCGUAUCAGAGAACAACAAGAGUGCCGUUGUUGGUGAACUUAAUGAUCCGUUUGAGUUCGACACGCGGCCGCGGUAUACGAACGCGUUCCUGCCUUUGACGGAGUAUACGACAUAUGAGAAGUUCAAAGUGAUCCUCUUCACCGUCACACUCAUAGCUCCUUUGCGAAUCCUUAUUAUUGUUUUCCUACUGUGUAUUGGAGUUGGCCUUGCGGAAAUCGCCGCCCUAGGCCUGCCUCCGAUCGACGACGCCAUGGAGCUACAGCCGCCGAUCAACAGCAGGUGGAGACGCUUUAUAGUCUUCCUAAUGCGUAUUGGUAUGAGAUGGAUUAUGUUUCUAGCCGGCUUCUAUUGGGUUCACGUUGAAGGGUCCUACGACCAGCGGGCAAGGAUCAUCAUCAGUACACAUCACUCAAUUUGGGAUACUAUCUAUCUCAUGGUGUAUACUGGUUGUUGCGAAGCGGCCAAAGCAGAUUUGUUCAAAGUACCUAUGAUGGGAAGCUUUCUAAGAUCGCUCAAUGCAAUGCCUAUCGAUCGUCGAUGUCCAGAAGCCCGUAGCGCGGCUAAGAGGAAUAUGCGGGCUCGAGCGCUUGACCCGAAGUACCCGCCAAUGAUAGUGUUCCCGACUGCUACAUGCAAUAACGGUCGUCAGCUGUCGGCGUUCAAGGAGGGAGCUUUUGAUUGUGGCGUGCCGAUACAGCCUGUGGGCCUCGAGUACCCCGCGCGGCACUAUGACGUUUUCGCCCUCAAGAAUAUGGCCUGGGUUUUCUAUUGGACUUGCUGUCAGUUCGUCAACUUCCACACUGUGCGUUUUCUGCCAGUGAUCACUCCUAGUGAUUCUGAGAUAGAGAAGCCAUCUCUCUAUGCUCGCAACGUUCGUACGGUCAUGUGUGACAGCCUGAGUCGGGACCCGGUGCCCUAUGUCUUCGAGGACGAGCUGCUCAGGAUCGUUUGCCGCGACAAUUUCAUGCGAGUGCAUCAGCACCGGAUCAUGAUGAAGCAAGUCUAUGAGGAAUUUGGCAUAAGCAUGCACUAUGUUGACCACUGGGUUAAGUUGUUGCACAGCUUGGAUGCUGAUGGUGAUGGUUUGCUUUCCAUCGAAGAUGUUCAGAAAACGUUGUCACUGAGCAGUGGCACCAGCGAGACGGAGGCACUCAAGCGUGUUUGGUCUGUUCUGAAGAUCGACGAGAGUGCCGACCCCCAGCUCGAGGAAAUACCGCCGCCCUACAAUGAACCAUUCAGGGGAGGGAGCUGGUAUGAUACCCUUUCGGGUGGGGUCCCUCCGGUGCCUUCUCGUCCUCUGGAUGAGAUACCAAAGGAGCUGCUCGCUGUCCACGACAUAGUACCGGCAUUCGUAGUUAUUUUCAGCCGGGAAGAAGACGCAGUUGAAAGGCGUCGGAGCGGCUUACAGAGGCUAUUCCGGGCGGCGUUCGGAAUAGCUGCUGAGGACUUCACAACUGAUGAGCUCAGGGGACAGCUGCGAGAGAAGCUUCAAGAGUACAUACCAAACAUUUUCACGCCUUCGCAGAGGCACAGUGUUGGAAGCGAGACCAGCGGCAGACGGAAGAAUUGAUUGUUCAAGGCGCUCCAUCUCUCAGGUGCGCACUAGUAUACUGUAGAUGACCCAAUAAAUUUUCACUGAUCAUUGUGAUACUUAUCCUCAACUGCCAUCUCGAUAAAAUUCGAUUCGGUAUCAUACC